AUACAGGAAGGAAGGAAAAAGGAGUGGACUACCUAAAAGUAGUUCUGGAGAACAAAGACUUUUGAUGCCCUCUCUCUCUCUCUCUCCAAGGGGGAAAGUUUAGAGACACAUAUUUUAAAACACAUCUAUAAAAAAAUAGAUUUGUAUUGAAGUUUUACUUAUAGAGACAGAAGUAUCAACAACUCACUAUUUGACUCGUACCCACCACUGUGGUGUUGCCUUAUUCAGAGUCUAGGGGGGGGGGUCUUGUUGAAUGCUUUGGAAGCUUGGAGCUGGAGUGAUACAAACAUUCUACUGGUUGAGGAUUUCCUGUAAGGACUCAAGUAUCUGUUUUGGAGGAGGUGGAACGGAUGGAAGUCUCCAACGUGAAACUGUGACCGGUUGUCUUCACACUAGGAGUGUUUACUACUGAACUACUGAAUCAUUCUAUUUUUCUGGGUGAUUUUGGAACAUUGCAACUGCAAGGCUUCACGGGACUUUAGUUUUACUCCAGUGGACGAGGCAGUUCUACUGAUUGCCGUAUCUUUUUGGAGUAUGGUUUUGGAUUAUACGCUUUUGGAUUAAAAUUUUUUGGGGAUGUGAAUAAUGUAUUAACCAACAAUCAAAAUGCUGAAAUGUAACAUUUUUUGUUUAACACUUUGUGUGGCAUCAGGGAUUCUCUUGUGUGUAGCCGCCGCCGAGGACCAGAAAUGUAGCAUAAACGUAACCGAGGCCAACACCAGUAUGGAAUCUAUAACAUUAAGACUGACUACGGCGGGACAGGAGUGUAACUUCACUGUGUUAUCUGUGGACAGCAGCUUUGUAGUAACACACUGUGUGAAGGAGCUGGAGGAAAACAGUACAUUUCAAUGCCAGGUAGUGAGUUUAGAACCCGGAACAUCGUACAUCCUGGAAAUCUCGUCGACGACAGAUCAACAACGGGCCAAUGUCACCCUGCAGACCAGUCCAUCCACAGUCAGAGGCCUACAGGUAUCAGAGACCUCAGACAGCCUGGGAGUUUCCUGGCAGCCUGGCCCAGGGAGGACUGAGCGCUUCAGGCUACUGCUGACCGACCGAGUGGGUGUGGUGAAAAACCUGACUCUGGAGAGCACCGCUAAAGACUACACUGUCACCGACCUGGUCCCAGGGCGCGUGUAUAACAUCACCAUGGUGACGGAGGCAGGGGGACGCCAGAGUACCACCUCAAGACAAAUACAGACAGUGCCCUAUGCCGUCUCCAACCUGAAGCUAGAGAACAAUAACACCCAAGACAGUUUGAGGGCAUCAUGGAGUCAACCCCAGGGUGAUGUGGACUCUAUAGUGGUGACCCUGUCCUCGUCUGGAACCAGCCCUCUGGAGAAGACCCUGUCAUCUGACACCACAAAGGCCCUCUUUCACCAGCUGACACCCGGACGGACCUAUCAGGUGUCUGUCGCCACCAAGAGCGGAGAGCUCUCCAACCAAUCAACUGCCUCGGCUAACACAGUCCCAGGUAAAGUGUCCCAGCUCUCUAUGGUGGCGCUGGAUGACUCCAACUCUCUGAAGGUGAUGUGGGCUCCCCCUGGUGGAGACUGGGAUAAGUACAGGGUGCUGCUGUUAAAUGGGACCCAGACUCUGGAUAACAGGACCGUGGAGAAAGGGGUGGUGGAGUACACCUUCUCUGGCCUGGGACUGGUCCCUGGGAGGACCUACAGGGCUGGGGUCAUGGUGGAAAGCACCAGGGAGCAAGGCACUGUGGAGUACUGCCACAGAGGAAUAGCUCCUAAGCCCGUCUCAGAGCUCCAUAUCCGCCACGCUGACGAGACCUCCCUCAGCGCCCUGUGGAGUCACGCCCCCAACUCAGCCAGGGAUGGCUACGCCGUGGAGCUCCGCCAUGGCAACGCCACGGUUGCCACGAGAGGCCUGACCCGUGACAUGAGGGAGUGCACCUUCAACGUGCUCAUGCCCGGACGCGUGUUCACCAUCACCGUGACAACCAAGAGCGGGGAGCUCAACAGCUCUGUGUCGGUGUUAGGGAGGACAGUACCUAUGGAGGUGAGGCGUGUCCACCUGAGCAACCAGGGCCACGUGGACAGCUUACAGGCCAGCUGGGAACUCCCCCCUGGAGACCUGGACUACUGCAGCCUGGAGCUCCUCCACAACAACCGGGCAGUGCAGAACCACACCGUCCCGGCCAACACCACCUCUCUGCAGCUCAGAGACCUCAGGCCUGGUGCCUCCUACAGGCUGGUGGUCAGUACUGUCAGUGGUGGGAUGGUGUCGAAGCAGGCCGUGGCUGAGGGACGCACUGUACCAGCUGCGGUCAGAGAAGUUACGAUCAGUAACAACGGUCGUCCAGACUUCCUGGGGGUGUCGUGGCAGCCAGCGUUCGGAGAUGUGGACAGUUACCUGGUCCUACUGAAGGACCGCGACAGGACCGUACACAACCUGGUGGUUUCUAAGGCAAGCCCAGAGUGUGUGUUUAACUCCCUCAAGCCAGGGAGGCUGUACACCGUCUCCAUAGCAACCCGCAGCGGCAGCUUCCAGAACAACACGGUGGUGACGGCUCGUACACAACCCUCCAGUGUCCAGAACCCCAACGCCAUCCACUCUGCCAGGGACGACUUCCUGAAAGUCUACUGGCGUCAUGCGUCCGGAGACUUGGACCGUUACGAGGUGGUCAUUAAGUACAACAACACGGUGGUCCAGAACCAGACGCUGGCGCGGUCGCAGAACGACUGUGUGUUCAGCUCCCUGGUCCCUGGGAGGCUUUAUACGGUCACUGUCAGCACCUGGAGCGGAGAGUACCAGUCCACUGUUUCUACUGACGGGAGAACAUUCCCCUCUGCGGUGCGGAGCCUGGCCCUGGGUGACAGUGGUACAGGUGAUCUGGUGGUCACAUGGUCUCCAGCGCUGGGGGACGUUGAUCACUACGAGGUCCAGAUUCUCUUCAACGACACGCGGGUUUACCCGCCCGUAACCCUGGGCAACGAGGCCCGUGACCACCGCCUGGCCUCGCUCACCCCGGGACGCCUGUACAAGAUCGUGGUGUCCACCUUCAGCGGACCCAACCAGAGACCGCAGUUCAUCGAGGGCAGGACAGUCCCCAGCCAGGUGAGGAACCUCCAUGCCCGGCCAGGGGACCAGGCUGCCAGCCUGAGGGUGUUCUGGACCCCUGGUGAUGGGGACGUGGACAUGUACACCGUGUCCCUAUCCCAGGGAGGACACCUUCUGGAGACCAGACCUGUCCCCAAACACGUCACUGAGCUGGACUUUCAGGGUCUGGUACCAGGACAGCUGUACGGGGUCGAGGUUCAGUCCCUGAGUGGAAUACUGGUCAAUCAUUCAACUACUACUGGACGAACAGUCCCCUCCACAGUGACAGCGCUCCAGGCAGACAGUGACCACACCACCCACAGUCUAACAGUGACCUGGGAGACUCCAGUGGGAGUGUACGAGGGUUAUAAGAUCCAGCUCCUGGAUGAUGGACGUGACCUAGUCUCUAAUAUUUCCAUGCCCCAGGGCUCCACCAGGCACCUCUUCGACCAGCUGACCCCUGGGAAGUGGUACCGGGUUCGGGUCGUAUCCGUCAGUGGAGGGAUCUAUGGCAAGGAGGCCGUGGCUGAGGGACAAACACGUCCAGCUGCAGUCAACGGUCUGACCGUGAUGACUGCCAACACCAGCGGUCUGAGUUUCAUCUGGCGCCCGUCCGAGGGCUACGUGGACGGUUACGACCUGUUCCUGUAUAACGUUGACGAGACGUUGCGUGGCCGUCAGACCGUGGAGGCCGGGACCAAGACGUGCACCUUCUCUGGUCUGGUCCCAGGGACGCUGUACAAGAUGGAGGUGGUGAGCAGGAGCAGAGGAAUGAGCAGUGACUCAUCUAUACUAGCACGGACAGUCCCAGCCCCAGUGCGCUCUCUCCACGUCCAGGGUGGUAAGCGUACUGAUCGUCUCUCCAUCAGCUGGCUGCCUGGGGCAGGGGAGUGGAGUGGGUACCAAGUGGUCCUGUACGGUGGCCUGGAGGGCUCAACCACUACCCUGGCAGCCCAGGAGCUGGGCAUGGAGCAGAGAGAACACCUGUUCCAGGGACUGGUACCUGGCCGUGUGUACCGGGCUGAGGUGGUCACACACAGUGGAGAGCUGACUAAUACUGCGUCUGCAAAGGGAAGAACGGCCCCAGAGCCUCCCUCCAUGGUAUCCUUCAGAGACAUCAGUGCUAACAGCUCUGUAGAACUGACCUGGGAUGGUCCCGCCUCUGGUGACUACGACACCUUUGACCUCCAAUGGGCUCCCAGAGAUUCCCUGUCAAUCACAGCGCCUCAGCCAACCAGCCGCAUCCUGGAUGGGAUGUUCCCGGGACGACUGUACAACUUCACCAUCCGCACUGUCAGUGGGGGAGGAGCCAAGGGAGGGCCUAUCGCCAACAGCCAGCCAAUCCAGAGGAGCCUCAGAACAAACCCAUCCAGACUGCGGAACAUGCAUUGUUUCCCCCAGAGUUCCUCAUCCAUCUCCUGUUCCUGGACCUUCCCUGACUCACACUGGGACUCCUAUACCGUGGAGGUGCGUCAGCAGGACAGCUGGGAGCUGGUGUACGCCCUGCGUCUGGCCCGGGAUAGUACCUUACUGAGCCUGGAGAACCUACAGCCUUACAGGAGAUACAACGUGGCUGUCAGAGUGGCCUCCGCUGGACUCAGCAGCCCCGCCGUGGAGGAGAACGUGGUCACCAUGAUCGACCAGCCCCUCAGCGGAGUCAUCGAGGGCAUCAGCGCUGGAAUGUUCCUCAUCGGAAUGUUGAUCGCCGUCAUCUCCCUCCUCGUCUACAGGCAGAGAGUCCGUAAAGUGGCAGUACAGGAGAGCCCAGUGGUACGGAUGAGCAUGUGGAAGCAGGGGCCUACAUCAGGGAUGUACGUUGGAGUCAGAAGCCCCGUCAAAGCAGCCCACUUUGAAUCCCACCUCACUAAGCUACAGGCAGACUCCAACUACCUUCUGUCAGAAGAGUUUGAGGAUCUGAAGGAUGUGGGUCGUAACCAGCCUCUGGAUGCAGCCCGUCUACCAGAGAACAGGGGCAAGAACCGUUACAACAACAUACUGCCCUAUGAUUCCACCAGAGUGAAGCUCUCCUACCUGGAGGAUGACCCCUGUUCUGACUUUAUCAAUGCCAGUUAUAUACCAGGGAACAACUUCCGUCGUGAGUACAUCGCCACCCAAGGCCCUCUCCCCGGAACCAAGGACGACUUCUGGAGGAUGGUGUGGGAGCACAACGUAUACAACGUCGUCAUGGUGACGCAGUGUGUCGAGAAGGGACGGGUGAAGUGUGACCACUACUGGCCGGCUGACCGGGAGCCUCUGUACUAUGGAGACCUGGUGGUUCAAAUGCUGUCUGAGUCUGUCCUGGCUGAAUGGACAAUCAGGGAGUUCAAGAUCAGCUCUGAGGGUCGUCCCAGCUUCCCUCGGGUGGUGAGACACUUCCACUACACGGUGUGGCCAGACCACGGGGUCCCUGAGACCACCCAGUCCCUCAUCGAGUUCGUACGGACCGUCAGGGACUACAUCGACAGAGCCCCCAGCACUGGAGCCACCGUUGUUCACUGCAGUGCUGGAGUGGGUCGUACAGGGACGUUCAUGGUUCUGGACCGGGUCCUUCAACAGCUGGACAGCAUAGGAACAGUGGAUGUCUACGGCUGUGUGUUUGACCUCCGCCUGCACCGCUCUCACAUGGUGCAAACAGAGUACCAGUACUCCUUCCUCCACCAGUGUGUUCGAGAUGUCCUGAGAGCCAGGAAGCUCCGUAGUGAGCAGGAGAACCCUCUCUACCCCAUCUAUGAGAACUUCAACCCAGACUACUACCGUGAUUUUGUGUACACGGGACGCUAAAGACAGUCCGGGUUCCUCUCCACACAACUGAGUGAGAAUGAAAAGCAGGGAAGAAUCUGUUCAGUACCACCAGACCGCCAGUCUGUCCCCACUAAAGGACUAUAGACGGGGGUCCUUUAUUUAUGUUUGAUACACUGUUGGUUCAACCUCUCAGGAUGUCUAUUUAAAAUGGAGCAGAUCGACAUCUGGAAAUAUUGACAUUACGUUCACUCAUACCUGAAUCUUAGGUUGCAUUCAAUGAGAUAUAUGUGAUUAUAUUGUUUUGCACCUACUUGUAAGCACUUCCAAGAAACAGUAUUCUUAAACUCAUGUUAUUUCAAUAUUAGUAAUGUCUGAUGAAAAGACAAAAGGAACUGAUAUAAACGUAAAUAUAAUGAUUCUUAUUCAACGUAACAGAUAAAAAAAGAUGAAUGAAAGCUAUCAGGCGAAGCAAUAAAUGGGAUUCUAUGAGGCGUAGCUACGUCACAAAGCAUUAUUAUGACGAGGCUUGACCACCUAAAAACCUCCCCUGAAGGAACCUUCCCUGCAUCCUAAGUGGCACCCUAUUCUCUAUGGGCCCUAAUCAAAAGUGGUGCACUAUAUAGGGAAUAGGGUGCCGUUUGGGUACAAAGCCCUUUCUGUAUAAUAUAUUCUAAAUCGUAGUUGCUGGUUUGUAGUUAAAACUGUUUUAACCCGGAGCAGACAGACAGACAGCUAGCUGUCUUGAGAGUAGCUCAUCACAAUGCUGUCUAUAUCCUUGUGUAAAGUAGCAGAUCGUCUGUACAGUUGGUUGUGUUGUGAAUAGUCCUCUUAUCUUUAAACAUAGCGUCAGUUCAUGUUGUGUGUGUGUGUGUACCAUUGAGAUUGUACAGAAGAGCCUGGAGGAGGGAACAGCAUAUAGUUUGUAUAAGUACGCCAUCUCAGCUACCUAUGUUUUCUAGGGCGAAGUGAACACUCGACUGGAAAACAAACGCCAUCUUGUAUUCGGUUAUCUCCGAAAGAGGUGGUAACCUUUUUUCCAAUGUCUUUCAAACCAAGAUGGAGGGAGUGUUCAUGAGAGGGACUGUAUGGGUUUUGUACAUUACCUUCCUCAAAACAUGAUGUUGCAUUUCUGUUCAUCCUUUUGGCAUAAAACUAGGCUGAUGGAUGUGUCUGUGAACAUACGAGCGGUGAUCUUUCUAUGUCAUGUUGAACUGAGCGGGAGAUCCCUUCAACUGAAUCUCAGCUGGCCGGCUUCCUGGUCUAAACAGAAGUAGGUCUUCAGAAGUAGGACGAAACUAAAAACAACUGAAGAAACUUCACACAAUAAGCAAUACUGGUCAAAUCCUGCUGAGAUCCUGGGGAUAAAGUGAGAGAAUUGACUAAAUGUCAACAUCCUGACCCUGUGAGAGGUCUGUAGUGGCCAAGACACUGACCUUUCCAGACUACAGGUUUGGGACGUGGCAUUUUCUCUGUCUGAGCUUCUCUGAGCCCCAAGCCACGGGAACAAAGACUGAGCUACAGAAGAGACUGUGUUGGUUGGCAUUCUUCCCAUUGUUACUGAAAAUAUUGCAGAUCUUCAGAAGCUCUCAUUACGUUAGUAUUUCAAAAUCAAUCUGUAUCUACAUAUAAAUAGUACGUUCAGAUUGAAUCUUCUCUCCAAUGGCUCCCAUUAUGUUAGUGUCUCGACAAAAAUCACAUAUUUAUUUUAACUUUGUUGUUCAAUUUAAACAUGAAAAUACUAGCUUUAAAACAGAAAUACUAAGAGAAUCAUUUUCAGGGUUCUGACUCCUCCCAGUUGUAUCAGAUGGAACACAUUCUGACUCCUCCCCGUAGUAUCAGAUGGAACACAUUCUGACUCCUCCCAGUAGUAUCAGAUGGAACACAUUCUGACUCCUCCCAGUAGUAUCAGAUGGAACACAUUCUGACUCCUCCCAGUAGUAUCAGAUGGAACACAUUCUGACUCCUCCCCAUAGUAUCAGAUGGAACACAUUCUGACUCCUCCCCGUAGUAUCAGAUGGAACACAUUCUGACUCCUCCCAGUAGUAUCAGAUGGAACACAUUCUGACUCCUCCCAGUAGUAUCAGAUGGAACACAUUCUGACUCCUCCCAGUAGUAUCAGAUGGAACACAUUCUGACUCCUCCCAGUAGUAUCAGAUGGAACACAUUCUGACUCCUCCCAGUAGUAUCAGAUGGAACACAUUCUGACUCCUCCCCAUAGUAUCAGAUGGAACACAUUCUGACUCCUCCCAGUAGUAUCAGAUGGAACACAUUCUGACUCCUCCCAGUAGUAUCAGAUGGAACACAUUCUGACUCCUCCCAGUAGUAUCAGAUGGAACACAUUCUGACUCCUCCCCAUAGUAUCAGAUGGAACACAUUCUGACUCCUCCCCGUAGUAUCAGAUGGAACACAUUCUGACUCCUCCCCGUAGUAUCAGAUGGAACACAUUCUGACUCCUCCCAGUAGUAUCAGAUGGAACACAUUCUGACUCCUCCCAGUAGUAUCAGAUGGAACACAUUCUGACUCCUCCCAGUAGUAUCAGAUGGAACACAUUCUGACUCCUCCCAGUAGUAUCAGAUGGAACACAUUCUGACUCCUCCCCGUAGUAUCAGAUGGAACACAUUCUGACUCCUCCCAGUAGUAUCAGAUGGAACACAUUCUGACUCCUCCAGUAGUAUCAGAUGGAACACAUUCUGACUCCUCCCAGUGGCAGGGAUAUUGAAUUUCCUGUUUAGUCCUAUUCCCAUCUUCACAAAAAAAUGCCGGCGCUCGUCAUUGCUUGUGCACCAAAUGACCCCACACAGCAAGUAAGGCAAUGUAUACAGUAUUAUGUAGAGUAGAGCACCAGUCUUUCAGGCUUGACCCUCUCACCCCUGUCCUCCCCUAUAAGCCUAAAGGUCAUAUCAUAAAGAGAUUGUCUCCAGAUAAUACAGUACAGAAACAUCAACUCUCUCCAUCUGUUCUCCUCCCUGCUGGGAGUUGAGUGGAUUUAAUAGUGUGUUAAGCUCCACUGUGGAUUCCUCAAAAGUCUUUCAUUACAGAAAUCUAUAUCAAUCCCCCAUCCCUCCUGUCAAACUAAUACGCUCUUAGAUCCCCAAUGACCCUCUGGAACACAUCUCUCUGAGUUCCACCAGAGUAUGGCUCGUGCCCAUACAGCAGCUAGAACUUAAUGUGAAGGCGCUUAGCUACCUGAUGAAUGUUCUUCCAACGUUUCUGUUUUGCUGUUACAUGGCUACUACGUCGCUCACCAACCAACAGUUGAGCUGCAGGGGGAAACCUUCUAACCGAGGCCUUUAGAAAGAAACACGGAGAUUAGGGACAGAGGUGUUGGAGGCAAAUCAGAGGAAUUUACUGUCUUUAACAGAGAAGUCAUGGUGUAAGCCUGCCAUAUUUAUCAUUUACAGUAUGUACCAUUUACAGUAUGUAUAAUUUACAGUAGGUAUAAUUCCACAUGACCUAUGGGAUGGUUGUGCAUCUGGAAUAUGAGCAUAGCUUAAACUAACUGAAAGAAUGUUCCCUAGUCUAGAAUGUUCCCUAGUCUAGAAUGUUCCCUAGCCUAGAAUGUUCCCUAGCCUAGAAUGUUCCCUAGCCUAGAAUGUUCCCUAGCCUAGAAUGUUCCCUAGCCUACAAUGUUCCCUAGCCUAGAAUGUUCCCAAGCCUAGAAUGUUCCCUAGCCUACAAUGUUCCCUAGCCUACAAUGUUCCCUAGCCUAGAAUGUUCCCUAGCCUAGAAUGUUCCCUAGCCUAGUAUGUUUCCUAGUCUAGAAUGUUCCCUAGCCUAGAAUGUUCCCUAGCCUAGAAUGUUCCCUAGCCUAGUAUGUUCCCUAGCCGAGUAUGUUCCCUAGCCGAGUAUGUUUCCUAAUCUAGUAUGUUCUCUAGCCUAGUAUGUUCCCUAGCCUAGAAUGUUCGCUAGCCUAGAAUGUUCCCUAGCCGAGUAUGUUCCCUAGCCGAGUAUGUUUCCUAAUCUAGUAUGUUCUCUAGCCUAGUAUGUUCCCUAGCCGAGUAUGUUUCCUAGCCUAGAAUGUUCCCUAGCCUAGUAUGUUCCCUAGCCGAGUAUGUUUCCUAAUCUAGUAUGUUCUCUAGCCUAGUAUGUUCCCUAGCCGAGUAUGUUUCCUAGCCUAGAAUGUUCCCUUUCAUUUAAAAGUAGAGAAUGAUCUUGUUUCUUUUCAUCUGUUUGUUUUUCAUAAUCAUACUGCUGGCAAUGGAGGAGAGAGGUGUUGAUGUAUGUUCCUAAAUGUUUUCUAACUCUGUUUCCUGUCUCUUAAUCUGUUUCCUGUCUCUUGUUAAUACGAUGAGGUAAUCUGCCAACUCAUUACGUUCAGCACAUAGUUAACUAUGAACCGUUCCUCCCUCUGGAGAACUAAGGUUGUAUUAAUUAAUCACUUAUGUAGGCUGAUGUAGGUUGCGUCCCAAAAGGUAAGGCAUCCUAUUCCCUAUAUAGCGCACUACUAUUGACCAGAGCCCAUAGGGCUGCGGUUAAAAGUAGUGUACUAUGUAGGGAAUAGGGUGCCAUUUGGAGCACACAGCCAUAGAGUGAUUAAUCAUAGGAGUAGUAUCUCUCUAGAGCAGUAUCUUACUCGGUGAGCAUACUGACAAAAUAAGGAAGCCUUUUCCAAGCCAGAGCGGACCAAAGGGCAGGAGCCUGUGAGGCAACUUAAUGUACUAGUACACCCCCUGGACAGGACACUAGUCUGUCUGACUAUACUGGUGUAGAUUAAUAUACUAGUACACCCCCUGGACAGGACACUAGUCUGUCUAUACUGGUGUGUCUGUCUAUACUGGUGUAGAUUGUAUAUUUGAUUGCGUUAACAUAUUGUGACGAGCAGAGGUGUCACAACCCAACAACUGUCACGUGACCUCACCUACAGGGAAGAGAUGUGCUUCUCUGUCUCAUUGUGUUGCACUGGAUCAAUGUGAAUGACUGUAUACAAUGUUAUGUUGUGAAUAUGCCUGGUUUUGUAACCCAUGUUUAUCCAUGUGUAUUGUUUGGUAUGAUAAGCUAUGUGUUAUGCAUGUAAGUAAAAAAGCUAAACAUUGUUUUGAAUAUAUGAUUACAUUAAUAAUGCCAAGAAUAUGCAACCAUGUUAAAUAUGUUAAUCAUGUACAAUAAAAUAAGAAUAUAGAUACA